AUGGAGGGAGCACCAGCUGAGAAGGACAAGUUCCUCAUCAUGAUGAGUCACACCCGAGGUAGUCGUAUGGAAGAGCAACACUGUGUCUUGAACCCUACCGGGACCACUCCCUCUACCCCAAAACACUCCACGACUAUACCCUCAGGACAAGAUGCUGACCGGUUCUUUAACCUGUUGGCCAACAMCCAGGGUCAUCGGCUUGACGACCAGCGAGUGACCCUUCCCUUGUUGCCUGGGAUACAUGGGUCUUCUGCUGGUCAUCAGGAURGUGUGAAGACAAAGGCUGGACCUGAUCCAGCUGUCACACCCCAGGGACGCAAGGCCGACAACCAAAUGAAAAGCUCCUUACCAGAAAUGUUCCUCGAUUUGGGACCCCAGGAGAGGCUCUGGUUCACUCUGAGCCUAACCCCAAGAAGAACCCUAUCCCUCAACCUGGUCCCCAAGGAGGACUAUAUCUCCAGGCUCUGA